CUCCGAGAUUAUGAAAGCAAAAUUGAACUUUCACAAUAAAAGUCUAGAAUUCCGUGAAGAAUAUUGUGCAUUUUAAGCAGAAAAAACCUCCAAAACUAAAGCAAAUACAUACACAAAGCUGACUAUUUUGUGCGCAAGCAUAUAAAAGCAAAGCUUCUCUAUAAAGACAACCCAGAAAAAAAAAAACAACCCAGAAAAACACCCUCUCUCCCUUCUCCUUAUCUUAUUAGUUUGUCAGUAGACAGUAGUAUAUUUAUUCUCUUUUGUUCUAUUCUUCACCAUCAAUUUUCUAAUUUUUACAUUCAACAAUAAGAAACCAGUUGGAGAAAACAAGAAGAAGAUAUACCGACUUUUUGUGCAAGGAAGGAUGGAGAUGAAGGAGAGAGGCGCUAGGCCUUACGUACGAUCAAACUCGCCGCGGCUUCGAUGGACGGAUGACCUUCAUCAUAGCUUUGUCCGUGCAGUUGAAAGACUUGGUGGUGAAGACAGGGCCACACCCAAGAUGAUUCUGCAAAUAAUGGGUGUGAAAGGCAUAACUCUAUCUCACGUGAAGAGUCAUCUUCAGAUGUAUAGAAGCAUGAAGCAAGAGCAAAUUAUUAAAGAUAUAAUGGAAGGUACGAAGGUUAGUACAAAUAUGGAGAGUGACGUUCAUUCCACUCCCUCACGCCCAUUUUACCGCAGGAAAACGAAGAUUCAGAAACUUACGGCCUUGCGUGAUCAAAACAUACUCGUUCAUGAUAUUUUUUCACCCCAUAAUCAUAAUUUUCCAAUUACUUGUAACAUGCUAGCUUCUCCUCAAGACAAUGCUACAACUUACAAGCAAGGUGACAAACUACGACAUUCGCAUGCCUACAUAGUCUUCCACGAUCUCCUACGAAGCUGCACUAAGCUCCAGGACGGCAAAGAGAAUGAUGAAGUCUCUGCAUGUACAUCAUUAUCAUUGUCAUUAUCAUCUUCAUCUGGUGACCAACACUUGAAUGCUUCAGUUAAUUUGGAUUGGAACUCCUCAUAUAGAAUUAGGACAGUAGGUGAUCUAGACGUCUCCCUAGACCUUACUCUAUCUUAGGCUCUUAGCUAAGUUUUUAUUAAUCUAAUCAUGUAAAUAAAUUAGGACAUACGUAAUAGAAAUUUAAGAUAAUCAAAUUGGGUUCAACUCCAAGUAACGGAUAUGGCGUUUUACAAAUUUCAUGUUUAGAUAUUCUUCUGUUUAAGGCAUAAAAGAACCAUACCAAUCCAUCCCAAAUUUGGCAAUUGAAUUUUAUGGUCCUUUUGACUAUUGGAUGGUUGAUGCAAUUAAGUAGAGACACUGGUGCUGAUUG